AUUCUUGUGUCUUGCCUUGCUUUAAUGCUCGUAGUUUUGCCAACCGCGAAUUUACGGUAUUACCCAAUCAGGGAUGGCAAAGGCAUUUGAGCCAAUAAGAAGAGACAACAAUUACUUCCUUUUCUUCACUGCCUUUUCUUGGUUUCUUUACUCCCCCGCCUCGGAAUUUUAAGGCUAUCUCUCGAUAUUUGUCUUUAUUGGAAGUGGUCUGUGCAAGAAAGUUAUCGAAAUAACAGGUCAUAUUUUAUGGUGUGGCCCUUGCGCAUUUCCAUGGCUUCUUUUUAAGCUCAACUUUCCCCGCACCAUACCUCAGAGAGAUUAGUUGGAACCCACACCCAAAGCUAAACUUCAUACUAAAAAUUACACUAGUACCUACUAUCGACUUAUAUGGACAAGAUGGUCGGCUUAUCCUUUGGGAAAAAGAAGGAAGCAACACCGUCAACUGCUUCGCAGCAGAUUCAAUUAACAUGGCCUGACGACUACGUAUCCGUGGGUGCAGAUGAUCAGUUUGUGUCAGUUGACCACGAAGAUCUAUAUCAAGGAGAACAUCGCAAAGAUGUCAAGAACCAAGGCGAAAAGAAGCGUAUUCUCUUCCACCCUCAGGUGACGGUCAACGUUUUCGGCAACAACGGGUCGAACUCUGAAACCACAAGAGCAGAAGGGUCUGAGCCGAGUACCACAAAGCCAACCAACGAGAAAAAGACCGAAGAGUCUAAUGAUAUCGUAGCGGAGCUGACGGCUAAACUUGCAGCUUUAUCGCAAAAGGUUGAUAAACUCUCCGCGUUGGCAUCCGCUCGGGGACCUCGAGUUGAAUGCGGUUUGUGGAACACGAGCGAGGCUCGCUCGUGGAAAUAUCCUUCGAACGAUACCAAAGGGCGAAUCUGCUUUGAAAAAGAGUUCAAAUCAGCACCAAGGGUGACUACUGGGAUGUCGUCAGCCGACGUGUCUAAAGACUCAAACUUCAGGGUGUCCGUCUAUCCAACUGAAGUAGACACGAAAGGGUUUAGAAUUAACGUAAAAGGCUGGCAUGAUACGGUAAUAUAUUCCUGCGGGGUGUCAUGGGUCGCUAUAGGCGACUAAUUUGUGUACCGGCACCACAAUACGUAACUGUUAUUCGGGAAGAUGCUAUUAUAUGACACAACCGUGGU